AUGAAUUUGAAACGGUUGAAAUCAAAACACGUGGAAGAAAAAGGGCAUGGAAUUCGUCUUGUGCAUCUUCGGAUUCCGAGGAUGCUUCCUAAGAAGACAGCCAAGAAAUCAAAAAUAAGCAGUGACAUAGACGCUUCGAAAACUGAAGAAUUACUUACAUUGGAUAAGCAAAUCAGAAGAUGCCUUCGAAUACUUAACUCAUUUUUGGAAGGGGACGAAGAUCUACAAGAAAAUGUUAAUUCGAUAUCUAAUGAUACACCAGGACACUAUUCAUGAUAUUUUUCUCGGAAAAACUGCUGGUAUCUGCGAAAAAACAAAUAAUUUCCAUAAAAAUCUAGCGCAAACUAAAAUACAUGCAAUUCAUUCACGUGUAAAUACCUGGAUAGAUACUUCACCUUCGAAAAUGUAUUUAUUUAUUGCUAUUACUAUGCUAAUGUCCAGAAUGAAAAAAACAUCUAUAAGAGAAUAUUGGUCUACUGAUGAAGUUAUAAAAACUGACAUUUUUUUCAAAACUAAUAAGCAGAGUUAG